ACCUAUUGAAAAUUAUAACAAAAAAUGUUCUGUUUUCAUUCAUCGACUCUUGCAAGUUUUGCCAGUAACCCAGAUCUACUCAUUAAUUUGAAUGUUUUUUAAAAUUAAUGUUUAACAUAGAUCUAGAUCUGUUGACUCUAGAUCUAUAACCCUAAAUAAUAGAUUCUGAGACACACGGCUUCCUACGCUGCACUGAGACAAUGGCAUUUGUUUUAGCAAAGUCAAGCACAUAAUGCCUUUUCAGAGGAGUUGCCAUUUUUAGGCAUGAGAUAGACCUAUUACCGUCAUUCUAUACAAGUAAGUUUCAAAACAAAACAACCUUGACAUUGAUGUCAUAAUGUCUCUCUAUGAUGAUUUGGACAUAAAGGAAGAGGCAGGCAGUGGGAAAAUAACAAAAUCUUCCGUUGUCCCUGGUUGGUCACCAGGCUACAAACUGCUUGCAUCUACUUUACAAGCUAAAAAGGCAUCUGUUUUACAAUCCAAGCGACAGCGCACAAGUCACUUAGCACCAGUUGUUGAUCUUAAGAGACAUGUAGAUCCUGACACACCCAUGCAGUUUAAUAUGCAGACGGGGAAGCUGGAGAGAGUUAAUCCUCCCCCCAUACAGCCCCAGGCCUCAAUUGCUGUAGCACCUAUCACACCUUCUGCCAUCUCACCUUUCAUUCCCAUGGAGCCAACUCCGUCCAUAACAGGUGUGGCUGAUGAGUAUGAUCCUUUGCGGCCUAAUGAAUAUGAUGAGGUGGUUAAAAAAAUGAAGGACGAAAAGGACAAAGAUAAAGAACGAGAGAAAGACAGAAGAAGAGAAGAUAGGCGAGACAGGCAAGACAGGCAAGAGAGGGACAGAUCGGAAAGAGAUCGACAAGACAGAGAGAGUAGGAGAGAAGAGCGAGAAAGUCGCCGAAGGCAGGAACGACGCAAUAAUAAUAAUAAUAAUAGUAGUAAUAAUAAUAAUGAAGAGGAAGAAGAGAGUGAAUUUGAGAGAAUGAGAAAAAGGAGAGCAGCAGAAGAUGAGGAAGAAGAAAUUGACAGAACUAAAAGAGCUGGUGCAGCUAUUGCUCCCCCCACAGCUCUACUGGAAGAACCUCCUGUCAAUCCAGACGCUGGACCUGAACGACCUAAAUCACCGACCAUGGGUAUGGCUAUGAUGGGAUCUGUCGCUUCCAAAAUUAUGGCUAAGUAUGGUUAUAAAGAAGGUCAAGGUCUUGGCAAGUCUGAGCAGGGGAUGAGUACAGCCUUGUAUGUUGAGAAGACUAGCAAAAGAGGAGGGAAAAUUAUACACGAAAAGGACAUUCCUAAAGAACAACCAGCUUCAAAUACAAACUUGAUGAAAAAUCCUUCAAAAGUGAUUUUAUUGCAGAACAUGGUUGGUCCAGGUGAGGUGGAUGAAGACUUGGAACCAGAAACUGCUGAAGAAUGCAGCAAGUAUGGCAAAGUGAAUAAAUGUGUUAUAUAUGAGGUUCCUGAUGCUUCUGAUGAAGAAUGUGUUCGAAUAUUUGUUGAAUUUGAAAGAAUGGAGUCUGCAAUCAAAGCACUGGUUGAUCUGAAUGGAAGAUUUUUUGGAGGACGAGUUGUCAAAGCUUGUUUCUAUAACUUGGAUAAGUUUCGUAGGAUGGACUACGACGGUUUUGUUGAUUAAAAUUUCGAUCAUUGAUUGAUUAUUAUUGCUACUCUAUUUUGUAAAUAGUGAUUAAAUGUCCUUAUUAUUUCCAUA